GGGGCUCCUGGGCGUGCGCGCGCCCGCCCGCUGCUCCGGGGACCCCCGGCCCAGGCAGGCGGCGGCGGCGGGGUGGCCGGCCGGGACGCCAUGUCCAUGGAGGACCCCUUCUUCGUGGUGAAGGGCGAGGUGCAGAAGGCGGUGAACACGGCGCAGGGGCUGUUCCAGCGAUGGAGCGAGCUGCUGCAGGAGCCGGCGGGCGCCACGCGCGAGGAGGUGGACUGGACCACCAACGAGCUGCGCAACAACCUGCGCAGCAUCGAGUGGGACCUCGAGGACCUGGACGAGACCAUCAGCAUAGUUGAAGCGAAUCCGAGAAAAUUCAACCUCGACGCCACGGAACUGAGCAUCAGAAAGGCCUUCAUCACCAGCACGCGGCAGGUGGUCAGGGACAUGAAGGACCAGAUGUCCACGUCCUCGGCACAGGCGCUGGCUGAGAGGAAGCACCGGCAGGCCCUGCUGGGGGACAGUGGCGGGCAGAGCUGGGGUGCCGGCGCCGACAAGUCCAGUCGCCUGGAGCGAGAACUGCAGCUGGCCAACGCCCACUUCAUCGAGGAGCAGCGCGCUCAGCAGCAGCUGAUCGUACAGCAGCAGGACGAGCAGUUGGAGCUGGUCUCGGGCAGCAUCGGGGUGCUGAAGAACAUGUCCCAGCGCAUCGGCGGGGAGCUGGAAGAGCAGGCCGUAAUGCUGGACGAUUUCUCCCAUGAGCUGGAGAGCACGCAGUCUCGGCUGGACAACGUGAUGAAGAAGCUGGCCAAAGUGUCCCACAUGACCAGCGACGGGCGCCAGUGGUGCGCCAUUGCCGUGCUCUUCGCUGUGUUGCUCGUCGUCCUUGUCCUCUUCCUGGUGCUGUGACCUGUCGCCCGCAACCGGCCCUUCCCGACGAGGCCUCCCAGCGGCCUCGGCCCAAGCG